CCUCGCUCCCGAGUGGAGGUCGCCUUCCCAGCCUCUUCUCCGGCUUCUGCAUCGCCUGGCCUGUGGGUGCCUGGUCCGCUGCGGCGCCCUCACCCCUCCCUCCCGCUUCCUGCAGCAGCUUUGGACGUGGACCGGAUGGUUCUUUACAAAAUGAAGAAAUCCGUGAAAGCAAUAAACAUCUCUGGGCUGGCCCACGUGGAGAAUGAGGAGCAGUACACGCAAGCUCUGGAGAAGUUCGGGGGCAACUGCGUGUGCAGGGAUGACCCGGAUUUAGGAAGCGCCUUCCUGAAGUUCUCAGUGUUUACAAAGGAGCUGACAGCGCUUUUCAAAAACCUGAUUCAGAAUAUGAACAACAUAAUCUCCUUCCCUCUGGACAGUUUGCUGAAGGGGGACCUGAAAGGAGUGAAAGGGGAUCUGAAAAAGCCUUUUGAUAAAGCUUGGAAGGACUAUGAAACAAAAAUAACCAAGAUAGAGAAGGAGAAGAAGGAGCACGCCAAGCUGCACGGGAUGAUCCGCACGGAGAUAAGCGGGGCCGAGAUCGCGGAGGAGAUGGAGAAGGAGCGCCGGUUCUUCCAGCUGCAGAUGUGCGAGUAUCUGCUGAAGGUCAAUGAAAUUAAGAUUAAAAAGGGAGUGGAUUUACUUCAGAAUCUGAUCAAAUAUUUUCAUGCCCAAUGCAAUUUUUUCCAGGAUGGACUGAAAGCAGUUGAAAGCCUCAAACCUUCCAUUGAAACACUUUCAACAGAUCUUCACACAAUCAAACAGGCCCAAGAUGAAGAAAGAAGGCAGUUGAUACAGCUUCGAGAUAUUUUAAAAUCAGCAUUGCAGGUUGAACAGAAAGAGGAUUCACAACUUCGCCAGAGCACAGCCUACAGUUUACACCAGCCUCAGGGAAACAAGGAACACGGGACCGAGCGGAAUGGCAGCCUCUACAAGAAAAGUGAUGGGAUCCGAAAAGUGUGGCAGAAGAGGAAAUGCUCGGUCAGAAAUGGUUUUCUGACCAUAUCCCAUGGCACCGCUAACCGGCCUCCUGCCAAGCUCAACCUGUUAACCUGCCAAGUAAAGACCAACCCCGAGGAGAAGAAGUGUUUUGACCUAAUUUCACAUGACAGGACGUACCACUUUCAAGCAGAGGAUGAACAGGAGUGUCAAAUAUGGAUGUCUGUGCUGCAGAACAGCAAGGAAGAAGCUUUAAACAAUGCCUUUAAGGGCGAUGACAAUACGGGAGAAAACAAUAUAGUCCAGGAACUGACAAAGGAGAUCAUCUCUGAGGUCCAGAGGAUGACGGGCAAUGACGUGUGUUGUGACUGCGGGGCACCAGACCCUACGUGGCUUUCCACCAAUCUGGGCAUCCUGACCUGCAUCGAGUGUUCUGGAAUCCACCGAGAGCUGGGGGUUCACUACUCAAGGAUGCAGUCCCUGACGUUAGAUGUCUUAGGAACAUCAGAGCUGCUGCUUGCCAAGAAUAUUGGGAACGCAGGCUUUAAUGAGAUUAUGGAGGGCUGCCUUCCAGCCGAGGACUCGGUCAAACCCAACCCGGGCAGCGACAUGAACGCAAGAAAGGACUACAUCACUGCCAAGUACAUUGAGAGGAAAUACGCAAGGAAAAAACACGCGGAUAACGCAGCAAAGCUUCACAGCCUUUGUGAGGCCGUCAAAACAAGGGAUAUUUUUGGAUUACUCCAAGCGUACGCUGAUGGUGUGGAUCUCACAGAAAAAAUCCCACUGGCCAACGGACAUGAGCCAGAUGAAACUGCCCUCCAUCUUGCCGUCAGAUCCGUGGACCGGACUUCUCUUCACAUUGUGGACUUCUUAGUUCAGAACAGUGGGAACCUGGACAAGCAGACAGGGAAGGGCAGCACGGCCCUGCACUACUGCUGCCUCACCGACAGCGCCGAGUGCCUCAAGCUGCUGCUGCGGGGGAAGGCCUCCAUCGGGAUCGCUAACGAGUCAGGAGAGACCCCACUGGACAUCGCCAAGCGCCUCAGGCACGAGCACUGUGAGGAGCUGCUGACCCAGGCCUUAUCUGGAAGGUUUAAUUCCCACGUUCACGUCGAGUAUGAGUGGCGGCUGCUCCACGAAGACCUGGACGAAAGCGAUGAUGACGUGGAUGAGAAGCUGCAGCCCAGUCCCAGCCGGCGGGAAGACCGGCCAGUCAGCUUCUACCAGCUGGGCUCCACCCAGCUGCAGUCCAACGCGGCGUCCCUGGCCAGAGACGCCGCCAGCCUGGCCAAGGACAAGCAGAGGAGCUUCGUGCCCAGCAUCUUGCAGAAUGAGACAUAUGGAGCCAUCCUGAGCGGCAGCCCGCCGCCCAUCCAGCCUGCAGCCCCUGGCACCGCCAGCGCCCCCCCGCUCCCCCCACGGAACGUUGCCAAAGUUCAGCCAGCCUCCUCAGCUAACGCCCUGUGGAAGACAAACUCUGUAAGUGUGGACGGUGUAAGCAGGCAGCGAUCUUCGUCAGAUCCGCCAGCUGUCCAUCCACCGCUGCCCCCUCUCCGCGUGACAUCCACCAAUCCCCUGGCUCCCACGCCGCCCCCUCCGGUAGCCAAGACGCCCAGUGUGCUGGAGGCCCUGAGCCAGCAGAGCAAGCCGGCCCAGCCCGGGCUCCCACCCGGCAAAGCCCCGCCGCCCCUGCCGCCCAGCCGCCUCCCUCAGAAGAGGCCAGCCCCCGGGCCUGACAAGUCAACCCCACUGAGCAACAAAGGCCAGCCGAGAGGACCUGCAGCAGAUCUCUCUGGAACAGAAGCUCUGGGUCCUCUGUCCAACGCCGUGGUCAUGCAGCCCCCAGCGCCCAUGCCCAGGAAGUCACAGACUACCAAGCUGAAGCCAAAGCGGGUCAAAGCCCUCUACAACUGCGUGGCCGACAAUCCGGACGAGCUGACGUUCUCCGAGGGGGAUGUGAUCAUCGUGGAUGGGGAGGAGGACCAGGAGUGGUGGAUUGGCCACAUUGAUGGAGAUCCCGGUCGCAAAGGAGCAUUUCCCGUGUCAUUUGUGCACUUUAUUGCUGACUAAAUUGCUACUGAACAAAAACACUUCUUUUAAAAGUCCUGUUCUGUUUCGUUAUUGGUACCAAAACUCUUGCCAGAUAACCAGUUCCAUGAAUUGUACAGUAGCCCACUUUCUCUAAUGCCACUGUUCUGUUUUAAAAACUCAAAGGCAAUUUAUAUAUAUCAAUGAAUUGUUUUUAUAAUUUGUGUUUUUCAUGAAACAUUGCUAUACUUUUAUUAGGAAAAACUGAAUUUCCUACAAGGUGAACUGAAAAGUUGUUUUAACUACAAUAAUCAGGAUCCUUGAAUCUACAGAAUUAGCCGAACCUAAAAAUGUUUUGAGUGUUGGGAAGAAAUUUGCACUCUCCUUGGCCCAUUCCUGAAGUCAGUGACCUUUAGCACAGUUACUCUUUAGAGGAAGCCUGUCGCUUUAGAAGUCCACAGCCAGCCUGGACUUUCUAGAUAAAAUGCUUCGGUUCACCUUUAAAGACUUUUUCUAAAAAGAUACCUUUCAAGAUUUCUUUUGAAGAAAUCCACCCAGUGUUUAUUUAAAGCAACUUGGAAGUUCCUCCAUAAGCAUUGUACUUUCCAGCCCUAAUGUGCGAGGUGGCAGCUUUCAUUGUGUUCUGCAUGUGUGUGACCGCCGUGAACAAUCCUGCUCAGCCUGACUACGGAUGGUUUGUUACAGCCCAUGUCAUAGCAGUUAACUCAGCUCUAGAUGAUGGAACCAAACUUCCUGAAUCUGGUGAAAAACUAAGGAUGAUGGAUUGCAAAACAGUUCUUUAAACUAGUUGAUAUGCUUUAGGUGUUUUGGAAUUUGCCUUCUUGAUCUUCCCCCGUCACACAGAGUACCGUGGCGCAGACCCCCGCCCCACCUCACCCCGUAUUACCACAUACUUGCUGUUUCCUACUGAGUGUACCACUGCCUUCCCUUUCUAGCUCAAGAGAAUGUUUACUCAAUUUAGUGUCUUGUAUUUAUAUAAUAUACCAACAGGAAUGGUAGUUACACUGUCUUGAAAUUUAAUCUGUCCAUUUGUUUGUAAUCAAGAGCACAUCAGAAAUCUGUAGGUCCCAGGUAAUAAAAUACUCCCAGACGUCCCAGUUUAACUAUUGAAGUCCAUCAUACCAUUCUGAACUGAAGCUACUGGGGGUGGGGGGAUUAGGUUGUAUAUGCUAAAAUCAAAAUUCAUUAGUUUAAUGAACUUGACUAUCAUACCUGUUUAGUAAUUGUGAGCAUAAGGUUCGUAGUAGGAAUAUCGGCAGUUUUGGCACUCUGAGAAUAAGUAGACAUGUAACGCCUACUUAGGUUUUUACCAAAAGAAAAAGAGUAAAUUUAAGAGGCUUGGAAAGCAAGGCAACGAUGCUUUUAUUGCAUUUGUUACGAUGGUACCUUUGAUUGAAGCAGCCCGUCUUUAUUACGCAAGACUCUUGCAAGUGUAGAGCUUUUUUUUUAAAUUUUGCAUUGUAUUUUUUAUUAUUAUUAUUAUAAAGGAAGACAACAAACUGGAAUGUUUUAUGAUGUCGUAUGGCAACUGCGUUUUUUGCCUUUCAAAGUUUCGGGUAAAAAUCUGUUAGAUCUGUAAUUAAAGUCUUUUUUAAAAGCACUACAUCUGUUUUCACUAAUUGUUAAUUUCUGUUUUGAACCUUUCAUUUAAGUUAAUUCUCUCAUAGAUUUAAGAAAGUAAACAGAUGUAUUUUGCACAGUGCACUUCAUAUGUGUAUUUUAACACAGUCCUCCACUCUGUACCUUACAAUCAGCCUUUGGACUACUUGGUGCCAGCUUAAAUAAGGAAUUAAAGUUGAUUUAUUUCAACAUUUGAACACCAGUCCCAAAUGAAUCUGUCAGGUUCACUGGUACAUAAAUAUCUCGGAAAUACUUUUCCAGUCUACAGUUUGGUGGUGCUAUUGUGCAGUAAUUAAUAUUACUCUUGCCAGAGGAGAAAUUAUAUUAACUUCCCUGCUAAUAUCCUUUCUUAGUUAUUUGCUCUUUGCAAAUUCAACGAAAAGCAACUGAGAGGAAGGAAAACAUUGUAGAUACCUAUUUAUAUUUAAAGUUAUGUUUCACGGACUUAGCUGCAGGAUGCCGGCACUGUGUGUGCCACGUUCCAUCAGUUCUGACUUCAAGGGAUGGCGACUCAGAAAUGUGUCCACAGACUAACAGUUACUGUGUGACGCUGAGGGGUGGAUAACACAACAUGCAGCUUGGAGUGAUGCUAGUCGAGAUGUAUGAUAAUCAGUUCAUUCACCUGAUCACUGGCCUAGCUGCAGUGCAACUGUAUAUAUUGUGUAACCUGAUCCAUUCUUACUGUCAUUGUCCUGAUGCAGUGACUUAUAAUUCGAGCAUGUUGAAUACAUUUACCCUUCUUGUUAACUAGUCAUUUGACUAGAAAAAAUAAAAUACUUUUAAAUGGA